AUGUAUAUAUUCCACGGAUCUCCCUCACUAGAGGGAUCACAGCCGGUUAGCCGAGAGGCUACGUGGCGCAUCCCCGCGUGGCAAUCGCGGACCAAAAGCGGACUGACCAAAACGAGACGACACCACCCUCUAAACGCCGUAUAUGAACCUGGAGAGGAACUGUUCUUGGAACCAUGCGACAGUAGAGGUGUUGGUGGAGUUGGCAUCCUUGUCAACACGAGCAUGGCAAAGGACAUCGACUCUUUCGAACAACUUACGACCCGAAUCGGGCGUCUGCGGAUGAGAAGAUGUGGUCCAACACCAGCUUCGACUAUCUUCGUCUCUAACGCUCCAACAUCAAGCUACGAAGAAGAAGAAGCCGAAGCUUUCUAUAUGGACCUGGAAAAGUUCUACCGAGAAGAUCAUGCCUUCUACAAGGUCAUAAUUUGCGAUUUCAACGCCAAAGUUGGCCCAACAAGAACGCCUGAGGAACUUCAUAUUGGGACCCAAGGCCUACAAUGGAAUGAACAAGAGAGGCUCUAA